AUGGCUAUCAUUGGGGGAUUGGAUUUUGUCACAUCAUCUUAUAUAGCUGAAAUUAUAGGAUUCUUCAAGAUUCCACAACUGACCUAUGGUUCAUUAGCCCAAGAGGAAUUUCAGACCAGUAAGCUCUCUUCACUUUAUUUCAUGGUUCCCAAAGAAGACCAUCAGUACAUCGGGAUCAUCCAACUGCUUCGCCAUUUCAGGUGGACGUGGAUUGGGAUAUUUUCCUUUGAUAAUAACAAUGGAGAAAAAUUCUUACAGAAAAUGCAGCCCUUACUUUCAGAGAAUGGAAUCUGCUCAGCGUUUAUAGAAAGGCUUCCUCAACAAAUCCACUUGGAAAGAUUAGUAGAAUUUUAUCAAAUAAUGACACUUAUGUCUAUUAAUAUGAUGAAUAGGAAAGCCAAUGUGUUUCUUGUCUAUGGAGAAUCCUGGUCAAUUAUAUCGCUAAGAUUGAUAUUAUUUGUGGUAGAUCCUGAAAGCAAGGAAACUGCUUUAUUUGGAAAGGUGUGGAUCAUGACUGCACAAAUUGAUUUUGUAUUACCAGGCACUCAUAUCAGAUGGGAUCUGAAGAUGUUCAAUGGGGCCAUUUCGUUCACUGUUCACUCAACAGCAGUUGUAGGUUUCAAGGAAUUUCUUCAGACCAUUAAUCCUCUUUCAGACUACAGAGAUGGGUUUCAACAAGAUGUUUGGGAACAAGCAUUUGAUUGUUCUUUUCCAAAGCCAGAGUUACAAGAAAUGGAAAAUACUCGCUGCACUGUGGAGAUGAAGCUGGAGGAUCUUCCUGAGCCUGUAUCCUUUCAGAGAGUUAAAGUUGGAAAGCUGGAUCUAGAGGCUCCAAAAGGGAAGGAAUUAUGGAUUGAUGAAGAUACGAUUGUCUGGAAUCCAGCUUUUCACCAGGUUCUUCCAUUUUCUCGAUGCAAUGAUCCUUGUUUCCCUGGAUCCUGGAAGAAGGGGAUUGAGGGGGAUCAGUUCUGCUGCUAUGACUGUGUUCCCUGCCCAGAAGGGAAGAUUUCAAAUCAAAAUGAUAUGGACGACUGUUUUGAAUGUUCAGAAGAUCAUUAUCCAAAUAAAGAAAAGAAAGGAUGUAUCCUGAAAACGGUGGUGUUUCUAACCUUUGAAGAAAACUUAGGAAUCAGUUUAGUCUCAGCAGCUCUUUGUUUCUCCUUCUUGACAUUUUGGGUACUUGGAACUUUUAUUAAGUAUAGGGAUACUCCCAUUGUCAAAGCCAACAACCGGUCCCUCACCUACACUCUCCUUGUCUCUCUUCUGCUCUGUUUUCUCUCCUCUUUCUUCUUCCUCAGCCAACCUGGCAAAGUGACCUGCCUUCUCCGACAAUCAAUGUUUGGCAUCACUUUCUCAGUAGCCAUUUCUAGUGUACUGGCCAAAACCAUCACUGUGGUUGUGGCUUUCAUAGCCACUAAACCAGGAUCUCAAAUGAGGAGAUGGGUGCGGAAAAGAUUGGCCUUUUCCAUUGUCCUCUCAUGCUCUCUCUUACAAGUAUGCAUUUGUAUCCUUUGGCUGUCAACAUUUCCCCCAUUUCCUGAGUUGGACAUGCAUUCAGAGCUCCAUGAAAUGAUUUUACAUUGCAAUGAGGGCUCAGCUUCCUUUUUCUAUUGUGUCUUGUGCUACAUGGGUAUCUUGGCCGUAGCCAGCUUUAUUGUGGCUUUCUUUGCCCGUAAAUUACCUGACAGCUUUAACGAAGCAAAGUUCAUCACCUUCAGCAUGUUGGCCUUCUGCAGUGUGUGGAUCUCCUUCUUUCCAGCCUAUCUGAGCACAAAAGGAAAAGCCAUGGUAGCUGUGGAGGUCUUCUCCAUCUUGGCCUCCAGCGCUGCAUUACUGGGAUGCAUAUUCCUGCCAAAAUGCUACAUCAUUGUUUUGCGUCCUGAUCUCAACCACAAGGAGCAACUCAUAAAGAGGAAUUAA